GGUUUAUAAUGCAGCCUUCCUUCCAGGCAAGGCUCCCUAGAGGAGACCCAUCACCGGAGCAUCCCAAAUGGCCCAGUUCAAGCGCCAGAAGCCGAUGCGAGGUGGCAGCCUGCAGGGAGCAAGGCCGUUCUCAGGGACACACCCAACCUCCUUACUGGGACCUCCACCUGGCCUGUUAAACCCUCCUAUCUCAGCCGAUCUUAUCCAGAAUGCACGGCACCUGCAGGUGGGUGAGAAGCAGCGAGUCUUCACAGGCAUUGUCACCAGCCUGCAUGACUACUUCGGGGUGGUGGACGAAGAGGUCUUCUUCCAGCUGAGUGUCGUGAAGGGCCGGUUACCACAGAUCGGUGAGAAAGUGCUGGUGAAAGCUGUCUACAAUCCAAGCCAAUCGGUGCCCUGGAAUGCCAUGAAAGUCCAGACAUUGUCCAAUCAGCCCCUCCUGAAGGCCCCCACACCUCUUCUGCAUGUGGCAUCCUUAGGCCAGAAACAAGGCAUCCUGGGAGCCCAACCCCAGCUGCUGUUCCAGCCUCACCGGAUCCCUCCCCUGUUUCCCCAGAAACCAAUGAGCCUCUUCCAGUCAUCCCCUGCGCUCCACCUGGGCCAUCUUGGGAGAUAUCCUGGUCGGGGCCCAAAGGGCAGGCAGGACUCGGGCAGAUGGGACGACUUUGAUUCAAAGAAACGGAAACAGAAAGGUGGUGAACCGUGGGGAGUGAAAAAGCCGCGCCAUGAUCCGCCCCAGUAUCGGGUCUACUUUGCACGCUAUGCUGUGAACAGCCCCUUCUGCGACGCCAUGGAAAUCCUGAGACGUUACUGCAGCAUCCAGCUUCCCCGAGAGUUCUUUGACGUCCGUCUGUGCUGGCUGGACACGUUCCCGCUCACCCAGCCACUGACCCUCAGGCAUCCCAGCCGCAUCCAGGUGGCUGAUCCUGGUGAGGAGGCGCUCGAGACAAAUGAGGAUGCCACGCAGGAGGCCGUGCCGGAGGACACGGAUCCUGUGUUCAGUGCCAAGGUAAUGCUGCUGUCUUCCCCGGGCUUAGAAGAGUUUUACCGCCAUUGCUUGUUACAUAUUGAAGACCCCAGCGAGCAGAAGGAGAGUCUAGAGCACCCCACAAAGCAAAUAAAGUUCCUGCUGGGGAGGAAAGAGGAUGAAGCGGUGCUGAUUGGAGGGGAGUGGUCACCUUCUCUGGAUGGCCCUGACCCGGACUCCGAUCCCAUGGUUCUGGUUCGCACAGCCAUUCGCUGCACCAAGGCCCACACCGGCCUGGACCUGAGCGCUUGCACGAAGUGGUUCCGUUUUGCUGAGUUCAGGUAUCUGCGCCAGGGCGACCCGUCGCAGAGGGAGACUGUGGUGAUCUUCCUGCCGGACGUCUGGAGCUGCAUGCCGUCUCUGGAGGAGUGGGAGGCCCUGUGCCAACAGAAAGCCGAGAAGGCCCCUCUGCUGCCCUCCUUCCCUGAGGAGAAAGCUGAGAUGGAAGUGGAGGUCCCAGAAGCAGCCCCUGAACAGGAAAUGGAGGCCAAUGCACAGGAAGCGAAUGCCACAGAGGCUGCUGCUGAGCCAGCUCCCGAACCGGAAACUCCAGCUCCCGAACCGGAAGCUCCAUCUCCCCCCAUGGAGCCGGCUAUCGUUGCCCACCCCAGACCAGCAACGCAUGGCGGGCAGCCAAGCUGCUCCAACCUCUCGCUCUGGACCCUGCUGGAGUACAGGAGACAGAGGGAGAAGCUCUCGUUUGAGGUGGCGGUGGCGGCGGAGCUCUUCCAAGAGAUGCUGCAGCGGGAUUUUGGCUACAAGCUGUACAGGGCUCUGCUGGCUCUGCCGGAGAAGGAAGAGCCUGCAGAGGCAAAGCAGGCAGCCGAGCCAGAGCCGGGCGAAGAGAAAGGGCUGAAGGAAGAGGCCCAGGAGACCCUCAAGGCCGAGGAGGAAGCUGCUAGCGAGCAGGAGCCCGUGCCGACUCAGCAGGAGGCGGCGCCGGUGCCUGAGAGCGCAGAGGCCGAGCAGAAGCCUGAAUGCAGCGACGGCGCCAAGGGGGCCAAGGAGGACGAGAAGGCCAAGGGGGACUGCAAGGCGGAGCCCAAAGACUCGACGGACGAGCUGUGCAUGCUGAGCCUGGAGGACGACCUGCUGCUGCUGCGGGACGACGAGGAGGAGGACUUCGGGGUCAAGUUAGAAGAUGCUGAGGUGAGAUCCAUUGCGUCCAACCAGUCGGAGAUGGAGUUCUCUUCGCUCCACGACAUGCAGCCCAAGGAGCUGGACCCCAGCGCUGUGCUGCCUCUGGAUGCCCUCCUGGCCUUCACCUACUUCGAUUUGAAUUUCUGUGGCUACCUGCACCGGAGAGACCUGGAGAAGAUCCUCCUGACACUGGGACUGCACCUCUGCAAGGAGCAGGUGAAGCAGCUUGUGAACAGAGUGGUGACUCAGUGGGUGUGCCAGUACCGGAGCCUGCACUACAGCCGCCAGGACAGCCUGGACCCUGCCAGUGCCGACCCUGCGCCUGAGGGGCUCCUGGGGAACCUUGCUCUGCUGCCUGCCUCAGCAAACUCCCUGGAGGCAGCGUCUGCCCAGCCCAAGGCAGCCGUGGCGCAGGGGGAGCUGAUCUCCCACAACGGGACUGUCCUCAACGUGGGCAAGCUGCUGGAGAAGGCAGAGCAGACGGAGAAUGGCCGCCUGUACCUGGAGAGCAAAAUCCACACCCUGGAGGUCAAGCUGGAGGAAGCCCAGCUCCGUUUCUCCACGACAGAGUCAGCCAACAAGGGGCUGGCCUCCGAGCUGCAGGAGCUGCAGAAGCAGCUGGCUGAGAUGGAGGAGCAGGUGAAACUGGCAGAGAGGCAGAAAGCCAACUUCCAAAGACUGCUGCAGGAGAACAAAAAGCGCCUGGUUCCACUGCAGCUGGAGAUCCAGCGGAUCAUUGAGAAGACAAAUAACUGCUUAGAGAAGAAGGAGGAACCAGCAUCUAGCAACUGACCCCGACGGAGCCCUGUAGCUACAAUGUGCCGAGAGCAAAGUUUGUGCCCUGUAACCUAACCGGCAAGGUCAGUGAGUGCAAGAUCUUGAGAGCCCUUUCGCAGCCUGCGGGAAGCUAGAGCUGGAUUCCCCCGCUAGGGACCAGGACAGCGUCUGGCUGAGCCAGGAAACAAGCAGGAGGGGCUGCGGCCGAGGAGAAGACGCCACCCUCGGCUUCAUCAGCAACUGCUUUGAGGCAGGAAGAACCUGGCUUCACUGGAAACGAGCGGUCGGGUAAGUGGCUGUUGCAAGCUCCGCUGCACAGGCUCUCCAAUAAACACAAGGGUCUUACGAGGAAGGUCUGCCAUCUGCACUUAGUUUGGAUCUGGUGCUUUAGACAAGGCAAUACAUGUGGUGGUAACAACGUGUGUGUAAGGGGAAAGGUUUAAAUCUCUCUUCACUUGUCUGUGGCUAUUUUUGUCUCGUUUCCCACUGAGGUGACUUUGUAUAUUUCUUUUUUCCAUUCUGAAUAAAUAGUUGUGUGCUACAAAAA